CAACACCCCCUCUCUCUGUCUCUUCUCGCCAUCGUGUUCGCCUGCCCGCGGUGAGUUCUCCGGCGGCUAGCUGGUUGGUUCGUGGUGGUGCUGCUACUCCUGCUGCUGAUGAUGUCUCCACGUAUCGUCUUGGUGCUGUGGGCCCUCCUGGCCACCGCUGCGUCGGAGUUCCAGGAGGAGGAUGGCGUGCUGGUGUUGAACAAGGCCAACUUUGAAGAGGCGCUUGCCACCUACCCCUACCUCAUGGUGGAAUUCUAUGCCCCGUGGUGCGGCCACUGCGAGAAGCUGGCUCCCGAGUACGCCAAGGCGGCCGCAGAGCUGGCCGAUGGCGCCGAUCAGGGAGCUCGCGUCUCCAAGGUGGACGCCACCGAGGAGACGGAGCUGGCCCAGGAGUUCUCGGUCAAGGGCUUCCCCACCCUCAUCUUCUUCAAGAAUGGCAACCGCAACGAGGCCAAGAAAUACGAGGGAAGCCGGAACUCGGAUGCCAUGGUGCGGUGGAUCAGGAAGCAGAUGGGGCCUCCGGCCACCGUCGUGGACUCCGCCGAGGGGCUCGACAAGAUGAAGGAUCUCAACGAGCUCGUCCUCGUCGGCUUCUUCAAGGAGGAUGGGCCAGACAAGCAGGCCUUCCUGGCCCUCGCCGGCGCCACGGACGCGGUCCCCUUCGCCGUGACGUCCGAGCCGAGCCUGUUCAGCGACCAGGGCGUGGAGAAGGACGGCCUUGUGCUCUUCAAGAAGUUUGACGAGGCCAAGGUGUUCUACGACGGCGCGAUCGACAAGGAGAGCGUCUUGAAGUUCAUCCAGAGGCACGAGCUCCCGAUGGUCAUCGAGUUCUCCAGCGAGAUCGCCAACAAACUCUUCAGCAACAGCAUCAAGGUCCACAACGUCCUCUUCUUCUCCAACGGCACGGAGAACCUCCAGGAGAUCAAGAAAAACUUCCGGGAGGUGGCCCCGGAGUUCCGGGACAAGAUCCUCUUCGUCUCGAUCGACGCGGACGUGGAGGAGAACAAGCAGGUGCUGGAGUUCUUCGGGGUGGAGACCGAGGACUGCCCCACGAUGCGUCUCAUCGAGGUGGAGAAGACCAUGAACAAGUUCAAGCCGGACUCGGACGACUUCUCGGCGGAAAACCUGCGCGCGUUCUGCUCGGGAUUCGUCGAAGGCACGUUGAAGCCGUUCCUGAAGAGCGAGGAGGUGCCCCUGGACUGGGAUCACGGCACCGUCAAGGUCCUCGUCGGGAAGAACUUUGAGGAGGUGGCCUUUGACAACGACAAGAAUGUCUUCGUGAAGUUCUACGCGGAGUGGUGCGGCCACUGCCAAAAGCUGGCGCCCGUGUGGGACGAGCUGGGCGACCGCUACCAGGAGCGCGACGACGUCGUCAUCGCCAAGAUGGACGCCACCAAGAACGACCUGGAGGCGUUCAAGGUGACGAGCUACCCGAUGAUCAAGUUCUUCCCGGCGGGCGCUGGGCGCAAGAUCAUCGACUACAAUGGAGACAAAACUCUGGAGGCGUUCAGCAAGUUUCUGGACAGCGGUGGGAAUCCAGAAUCCGAGACGGCGGAAGAGGCACCCGCAGACGAUGAAGCGGAGGUUGAAGAUGAAGUCGAUCAGUCAUCAGACAAGAAGGAUGAGCUGUGAUCUUGUUUGUUGUUAAGCGCGGGUCAUCGUGACUUCACAACCCAUUAUUUAGACACACCGCACGUGCAAGGAUUUGUUGUUGUUGUUGUUGUUUGUCCGUACGACGGGAGUCAGGAACCCCAAUGUGUUGCUCUCCAUUUUGGGGAGAGACUUUUCAGACGGACUGGGCUAAAACAAUCAAUGUCUCUUUUUAGAAAAAAAAAAUAUAUUUUUACCGCAGCAACUCACGUCGAGAUUAAACCAAGGAUCUCAUCGUGGGUGUCAACAUCGGAGCCUUACAACUGCAGCUCUUUGAAAGGCUCACCUUUGCCAUGUCUCCUCGCACAGUCUCACAGCAAGUGCGUGAUUCAUAGUGGAGUCAAACCUUGGAUUGCGAGCAUAAUUCGUUCCGGAAAAGUGCUUGUAAUCCAAAGCACUCGUAUAUCAAAGCACUCGUAUACAGUUGUGAUCACGUGACGCUCGGCAGACAAAGCGUAUACACGUACUACUCGUGUUGCAAGACCUCGCUCGUUUAUCUAAUGAAUAUUUCUUUAAAAAAUUUGCUCGUCUUGCAAAACACUCGCAGACCAAGUUACUCGCAAUCUAAGGUUUUACUGUAGAUAGUUAAUUCUUACGCUCACGAUUUUUCAUGCCCGCCACCAUCGUUGCCUAUCCACUGCUGGAUGAAGGCCUCGCCACGCUGUCUGUUCUCGCCACCCAUCCCACUCCUCCUGCGCGUGAACUCAUCUCACUUCAUCGAAAUAAAUAAAACAUUGAAAUGAU